GGGUAUUAUGGAGUCUCUCACCUUUGACCGUAUGUUUAUUAGUUGACUAACGGCAAAAAAUGACAGAGUGGCCACGUCUGCUCGUGUGACAUACGUUAUGGGCUUGUCAGUUAAGUUUUCGCGCCUUCUAAAGACUCUGAUUUACUCUAGAAACUCCACGAUCACAAUCUAGGGCAAUAAGGAUUUAUCCGUUAGAUUCUCGAGACUUAAUCAGAAUCGAAAGCUAUGCAAAUGUUAAAAUCACAAUUCCUUUCCUCAAAUUGAAGCGAUCGCCAAUUGAUCGAUGUUCUUCCACGGCUUAGUCCGCCGGAGACUCGCCUCUCUCUUGCAGCCAUGGCUGCUAGAGGAACCGGAGCUUCAAAUGGAUUUAGGGUUUAUCAACUCUAGAGUAACAGCUAAGAGCCUCAGGUUCGAUAUCUCUUCUCUCAAUCGGCUCUUCGACGAGUCCUCUCGUUUCUCUUUUAAAGAGGUUAGUGUGGAAGAAUUCAGUGUUCGCUUCUCUAACUGGUCUGUACCUGCCUUCGAAAUCGAAGUUCGCGGCGUCAAUGUCACUCUUUUCGCGGGGGAAGAGAAGGAGGAGGGGAGCUCAAUAAGGGGGAGGAAAUUGAGUGAGAAGCUUAAUGAGGAAAAGAGGAAGGCUGUUGCUGGGAUUGAUCCGGAGGGUAGCGCCUUGCACGAAGUGCUGGAGAGGGUCUUGGUCUCAACUCCCUCAAGAAAUAGAUUUACAGCUUCGUUGUUUAAUCUUCUUCUCAAACAUGUCCAUUUGCAGAUCUUCAAUUUCAAUCUUCAAGUGCAGGGUCCCAUCUUAAAUGAUGCCCUUAUAUGCUUGGUCGAAGUAAAGGAGUUUAAUGGUGAAUCUCAGUAUUUUGAGCAUGCAUGUCUUCUUCGAGGGUUUGUUGGUGCAGUCUUUAAUCCUCUAAAAGAGAUUUCCAUUGUUAUAGAUUUUAGAGGUUUUGGAGUUGGAUAUGAGAUGAAAGAUAAUAAAAACUCAGUUUUUUCUUCCACAGAAAUGUUUUCGUGCAUUAAACUGAAUGAUCUUCAGCUGGCAGACUUCAGUAUUCGUGUUCCAGAAUUAAGUCUUUCACUUUCUCCACUUGAUCUCCUUGUUUUGUCAGUACUUGGUAAUCUACCAUCAAAAGAAUCGAAACGUGUCAGAAAUGGUAGACAACUAUGGAGACUAGCUGCAAACAGAUUAGGAUAUGUGAUUUCAUCUCCCAGGUUGUCAUUCCAUAAUUUAGUUGAAUUUGUUUGUCUGUGGUUACGCUAUCUCAAUGCUUAUGAGCAUUUACUAUCCCUCCUUGGAGAUUGUGCAGACAACUUAUUAAAAAAGCCUGCUAUUAAGAUGUCCCGAGACAAUCUCAGUUCUUUCAAUCACGAUUGGGAUGUGAUUUCUUGUAUUGAAAAACAGUUGCCAGUUGAAGCUAUUGCCCAGGCACGGCGAAUAGCCAGAUACAGAGCAAAUUUGAAUGUUCAACAUGGUGAAUCUGGCUAUAAAGAAUACUCUGCCUAUAGUUGGUUCAAAUUUUUCUCUAAAAUUGUACCAGUACUAAUAUUCACUUGGAAUGUUCUAUAUAGAGUUUUCCUCUCAAUUGUACAUGGUUUCUUUUCAAUCAAGUUUUCUUUUCAAGAACAAAAAUUUGACGGACAUUUGGGAAACAAUUCUGAAGAUCACUUUCCGCAAUAUUGCUUCCUGCUAAACUUUGGAAAAAUUUUAAUCAGUUUCUCCCCAACUAACACAGUUCAGAAAGUUAAUGAAAAAAUGGAAUCACAUAUUGGGAUCUCGCAUUCUGAUGUCCACUUAUUCUGCCUAUCAAUUGAUGCAUUAUUAUUAGUGUAUGUUGAUGAAAUUUUUGAACAGUCCUUGUCAAUUUCCUGUGGGCAGUUAAAGGUCAAGUCGUCUUCGGUUAUUGGGGCUACAAUCACGGAAAGCCGUUCAAAGCAUCAUUUUAGUUCUGUGAAAAGAAAUCGAAAAAGGAGGGCUGACAAUUUAAAAACUGUUCUAUGGAGUGAGCCCGCACAAAAAUUUUUCCCUUCACAAUCUGGUGAAACCAAUGAUGCAGGUCAAGCUGAAAGUGCUUACAGCCCACUUCUGCAAAAUUUUCUCGGAGAAAUGUGGUUGACUUGGAAGAGAUCUUGCACAAAAUAUGAUGAUAAUGAGAUUCAGUAUUCUGAAAACCCAUGGCUUCUUUGUGAGAUAAAAAAUUGUUUGAUAUAUCCAGGCAUGAAGAGUUCAGAUUCUAUGUUUUGGAAAUGCAGCUUGACAGUAGGAAAAUUAAAUUUGGCUAUGGGAUAUUUGUCAAUUAUAUCAAUGGCUAUCCUGCUUGGGCAGAUAAAGCAUGCUCUAAAAUGGACUGAGGACAAUGGAAUGGCAAGUGUUCUUUCACGUCCGACACCAACCUGUGAAGAGCAACAAGAAAUUAGUUGGGAAGGUAAAUAUGAGGUUUUUAUCAAUAGAAUGAAGAUGAAUUUACAUAGAUUGCUUCAAGAUAAAUGUCUUCAACUGGGAGUAUUCAUAACUGGUCCUCACAUCCAGAUGUCAAUAAGAAAGAUUGGAUCAAACAGUAGAGAUGAAGAUAUGAAUCAUGCAGUCGGUCAGGAUGACUUUCGCCUUGGAUUUGAUAUCCACAAUAUUGAGGCUGUUGUGUGGCCAACUUCAAAAUCUGAUUUAGUGUUAACUCAGUUGCCAGAAAUUGAUGAUAUGGAAACAGAGCACCAUAGGUUGCUAGAGCCUCAGAUAACUGAGAUUCCCAAAUCAGAUAAUGAAAAGUAUUCUUCUCAGACGUGUGUUUCAUUGAGGUCUUAUCUGAGAGUUAGUGGCUUGAACAUUUUCAUGGGAGAUUUCACGGAAAUACAACAGAGCCAAGUUCUUGCGUUGAAGCCAAUAGCUGUUGAGUUAUCAUUUUUCAGGGAGUGUGUUCAUUCAUUUAGCACCACCACAAUUUCUUUCUCUACAGCAGUGUGUGGGAGAGCUACAGGAAUCACAUUUAUAUCAUAUAUGGAUGAAUUGCAAGGUUUCUUUCAGGUUGUUGCAGAUUUAUUUUUAGCAGUUUCUUAUGUUUUUGAUGGCCUUCACAUAACUGGUUAUGUACCUCUUCAAGAUUUUAUGAGGCAAAACAAGGCAUUUUCAGAUCCUGAUAAUGAUGAGACUACUGCAGAAGGAGCACCUUUGAUUUAUAAUAGUACUUUAUUUUCAAUUAAUGGUACCUUUAUUUUCAAGUCAAUGGAAGUGGUUCUUCAGAAUUCCAGAAUACUUGAUAAAGGGGAGAGUUCAACAAAAGUAUAUGAUGCUUCAAGUCAUCGAAAGUUGUCUGGAUUUGAUUUGCAUGAAUGUGGAAUUUGGAUUUCUGUCCAUCAAGGCAGUGCAGACAUGUCUUUUGGAGAAAGGAAAAUGGAAAUUCUUUUGGAUUUGUUAGGAAUUCAGUCUAUAAUUUUUAGGUAUCAGGAUCACAUGGGAAAAAGUUUUGAUCACUUUGUAGUUAGAAACUUGCAGCGGCAAUCUCAUAAUUGGUUAUACGAAUCAUCCCUUUCUAAUUUAAAAUUUUCUUUAGGGUUGGGUUGUCCUCGUGAUAGGAUGAGUAGUUCAUCUGGUAAUUCUCCUUUGGGUGGUAAUGCAUUAUACAGUGUGGAGAACUCCCAUUUGGUAACUGAUUCUGAAACUUUGAAUUCUCAGUCAUCUACAUUUGAGAAUUUGGGUUUUUCUUCAUUUAUCUCAGCUCCAAUGUCAAGUCACUGGUUUCUCAUAAAUGUUACACUGAGUGGAAUAUUUGUCACAAGGCACUCAAUAAAGAAUGCUGUGGUUGGAGCUCAUCAAAUCAAUAAGCUUACAUCAUUGCUUUCAGUUGGCAAAGAUCUUCAGACAAUCUCUUGGAGAAUACAGGGUGGUCCUCUGGUCCUUGAAACCACAGCUGUGAUGAUGUUUGUUCGUUGCUUUGUUUCGUAUCUUCAUUCCUUUGCAAAACUUUUAUCUAUUAUAAAAACAACUGUUAAACAAGUCGAUAAUUCUGAACAUGAGGCCCAAGAGAUACCACGUGCAACUCUACAACCUGUCUGGGAACUGCCUGAGGCCUCCUCCAUUGAUGUGUCUCAGUUUUCUCUUAUUUUCAUUAUUGAAGAUGAUUCUGGUGAUCUUCAGGAACUUGUGAGUGAGUUUGAUGUCCAUGUGGAACUCGAAUCGGCAAAUAUGCAAAGGAAGUUCAUGUUUAAGCUUUCUCGCAUGUCAAUCUUCUCUCAGGUCCUUCAAGAAUGUCCAGAAAAUGAAAAUGAAAAUCAAAUUCCUCAUUUUUCUUCUGCCAUGUUAAAUAAAUCAUCAUCUCAUUCUCCAACUAGGGAUCCUGCUGUUAAGUUUCAGCAUAUGGAUGGAAGUCACAUAAUUCAUCAGAACUAUAUCUUAAAUCAUUUAGUUGCUUUCAUAUCAGCUGAGAAGUCAAAGAAUGGUCCUCUGCCAUUAAAUCAGAUUUGGGUAGGCAAUGGUUCUGUUUCAGAUAUUCAUGUGACUAUAUCUCUUUCUGAAAUACAGAUGCUUUCAUCCAUGGUUUCUUCCUUGUCUGGUGGUUAUAACGAAGAGACAACCAAUGAUCUGAAAAGAAGGAGCUGGUCCAGUGGGCAAGAGGCUGAUAACAGUUUGGAAGACAUGGUUCCUAAUGGAGCAAUUGUUGCAAUUCAAGAUGUGCAUCAACACAUGUACUUUGCAGUUGAAGGAGAGGAAAGCAAGUAUAAUUUGGUUGGCAUAAUUCAUUAUUCUAUUCUUGGAGAAAAGGCUCUUUUUAGGGUCAAGCACCACAAACAAAAGAUAUGGAAUUCAUCAAUAUUAUGGUUUUCCUUCAUAUCUUUGCAUGCUAAGAGUGAUUCUGGUGAACCUUUGAGAUUGAAUUAUCAUCCUGGAUCAGGUUUUGUUAGUAUCUCCAGCACGAAUGAUAGUGGAUGGUCUCUCUGGAAAACAAUUUCUUGUGAGCCCAAAAGCUACAAGGGUGAUGUUGGCUGGGAGCUAUAUAAUACUUUGGUUAAAAAAAAGUUUUAUUUGAUCAAUAAGAAGAAUGACUGUGGUGUUGCUUUUGUUGAUGAGAUUCCGCAAUUUGUUAGGAAGCCUGGAAAUCCUUUCAAGUUUAAAGUAUUCCAUUACCAUGCUUUGGGUCACAAUAUUGCAACUUCAGAUAGGCUUUAUUUGGAGGCUUCUGGAACAAAUUUGAAUUCUAGGCCACAUGAGGGGGAAGACACAACUUCUUAUCUGAAUGAAAGACUCCCUUGUAUUCAGAUUAAGAUUGACAACACUGAUCUGACCAUUGUUCAUGAGCUAACCGAUACAAAGGACAAGUUUCCUCUCCUUCGUGGUUGCAUCAAUAAUGUCCAAAUCAAUGUUCAAAUUCUCUCUAAUAAAACAAGAAUUAUGAGCACAUCAUGCGCUUUGUUUUGUGUUUUUGAUGCACAAAAAAAUUCAUGGAGAGAACUUGUUCACCCUGUUGAAAUAUCUACAUUCUAUAGAUCAAAUUUCCAACUUCAAAGUUUGGAAACUAUUCAGCGUGGAGUGCCAGUUCAUUUCUAUUGCAGAACUAAGGGGUUGGAUAUAUCUCUAACCGAGCUUUCAUUAGAUAUACUACUCUUUGUGAUUGGGGAAUUAAAGUUGGCUGGUCCCUUUUCGGUGAGAAACUCUAUAAUUUUGGCCAAUUGCUGCAAGGUAGAAAACCAGUCAGGUUUAAAUCUUCUUUGCCACUUCUAUAAUAACAGAAGUGUUACAAUAGCCAGAAAACAGUCUGCUUCUGUAUUUUUAAGGCAGCCAGUGUUGACAAGUGAACUUCCAGAAAGUACGUUUGUUACAAUUCAACUUUCUAAUCUUGGAUCUUUUGCAACUACUUCACUUCAUCUUUCUCUUUCAAGAAAUCAAACACUUGCUUGGAGAACACGUAUAAUGUCACUCUCAGAUUCAAGAGCUUAUCCUGGGCCAUUUGUUGUGGUAGACAUUUCAACAAAAUCUAAGGAUGGUUCAUCCGUUGUAGUUUCUCCUUUAACCAGAAUACAUAAUGGAACUGAAUUCCCCAUGGAGCUACGAUUUCGACGACCUCAACAAAAUGAAAAUGUGUUUGCUUACGUGUUGCUGAAGCAGGGGGAUUCAAUUGAUGAUUCCAUGGCAACAUUUGAUGCUGUAAAUUUGUCUGGUGGAUUAAAGAAGGCAUUAAUGUCUUUAAGCAUCGGUAACUUCUUAUUUUCUUUCAGACCUGAAAUUGUCGACGGCUUGUUAAAUUCCAAGAGAGCUCUGUCAGUUGAAUGGUCAGAUGAGCUAAAAGGUGGAAAGGCUGUUUGUCUCUCUGGAAUUUUUGAUAGGUUGGGCUAUGAAGUCCGCAGGGCUUUGUCCAUUGAAUCAGCAAAAUGUUCCUUCAGCACUGCACAUUGUAGUGUUAGAUCUGAAGAUGCUCGUGUUACCAACCUGCAUUUUCUGAUUCAGAGUGUUGGAAGAGAUGUCCCUAUCAUACAUCCUGAUAAGUCUAGUGAUGAUUCUGAAAGUAGUUCAGCAGUAGCAUUACAAGAGCAAAAGGAAAUUUUUCUUCUUCCUACUGUUCGGGUGUCCAAUUUAUUGCACUCAGAGAUACAUGUGCUUUUAACUGAGACAGAUCUGCAUACUUCCACUGUUAGUGACAAUAUUGGGAAGCAAGCCACUAUAGCAUGUGGAUCAACAGUUGAUUUUUAUGCUAAUCCCACCAUAAUAUAUUUUACUGUUACCUUAACAGUUUUUAGAUCAAGCUGUAAACCAGUGAAUAGCAGUGAUUGGAUCAAGAAGUUAUUCAAGAACAAAAAUGAUGUCCGCUGUUUGGACAUUGAUCUCGAUUUUGGUGGUGGAAAGUAUUUUGCAUCACUAAGAUUGUCUCGUGGGUUUAGGGGCAUAUUAGAGGCUGCUAUUUUUACACCGUAUUCUAUGAGGAAUAACACUGAUUUUUCCCUAUUUUUCUUUGCUCCUAAUCAGAAGCCUCUGUCUAGGGAUGAGGUCAGAAAGUAUGGCUCCAGCAUUCCUCCUGAGUUAGGGUUAUUUUGCCCCCCAAAUUCAAUAAGGUCAUGGUUUUCAAAAUCCCACAAGAUGCGGCUUAAAUUGUUAGAGAAUCAUGCAUCUCAGGCACUGUUAGACUUGGAUGCUUUAUCUGGCCUCACGGAGAUAAGCUCAGAGAUAGAGGAGGAAGGAUCUGGACUCAAAUAUAUUACAAAGUUUGGGGUUUCCAUGGGACCAUCUUCAAGUGCGGUGAUGGUCCCAUCACAGAUUGUAACUAUGACCCCACGGCAUGUUGUUUACAAUGAGUCAGAGGAAACUAUCACGAUCCGUCAAUGUUACUUGGAAGAUGAAAUGGCAGGCAUAAUCCACAUUAACAGUAAACGGAGAACAAUACUCAAGCUGCAGAAGGGAAUUAGCAGGAGCAGGGAAUUCAGUUUUUUUGAGAAUGUCAUCAGAAAGCAUAGAAAUGAUGUCGAUACUUCACUAGUAUACAUCCAGUUCCAACUAAAUGAGCCUGAAUCAGGAUGGUCAGGGCCAGUAUGCAUAGCUUCACUGGGAUGCUUUUUCCUGAAAUUCAGGAGACAAUCAAAUCAAGUUCAAGCGUUGAAUAACAAUGCACCAGAAUUUGCUGCUGUUCAUGUGAUAGAAGAAGGAUCUACUCUUGGAAUGCACUUCUAUAAACCUCCAAAUGUUAAUCUACCAUAUCGAAUUGAGAAUCAUUUGCAUGAUACUUCUCUCACUUACUAUCAAAAGGACUCAUCAGAGCGAGAGGUUCUUGGAUCUGAUUCUAGUGCUUAUUAUGUCUGGGAUGAUAUGAUUCUUCCGCAUAAACUAGUUGUCAUAAUCAAUGAUAAGCCCGUAUUGCGUGAAAUUAACUUGGAUAAGGUGCGGGCUUGGAAACCUUUUCUCAAACAAAAACAAAACAGAGGGUUGGCAUCUGAUUCACUUUCCAACAAAAAAUUCAGAGACCAAAGAAAUUAUUUUGGUUGGUUUAACAGCAUGGAGACUGCAAAGGUAGGAUAUGAAGUAUAUGCAGAGGGUCCUACACGAGUUUUACGGAUACGAGAGUUCUCCAGCAGUCAAAAAGGAGACAGAUUGUUUCAGUCAUGUGCAAAGAUCCAGCUAAGAGUAUUUCAUUUCAAAAUCCACUUACUUGAAGAUAGAAAGCAGGAUUUAGAUAAGAAUGACGAACCAUGUUAUGCAACAUUUAUAGUUGCAAGGCUUGGCAAUAUCAAUUUGGACUCUAUCUUUGUGGAUCAGCAGAAAUAUAAUCAGAUUAAUGUGCAGUCAUUAAAUGUUGAUAAGAAGUGGAUCAGUGCUCGUUAUGCAGCAAUGCUUCGGAGACAUCAAUUAGACUCCAGUGACUCAAAUGUUUCUGUAAUCAAAGUUGUCUUCAUCCUUCUUCCAACCAGUUCCAAUGUUAGACAAGUUAAAUAUUCAUCCAUUAUUCUACAGCCGAUUGAUUUGAACCUUGAUGAGGAGACUUUAAUAAAACUUGCCUCAUUUUGGCGAACAUCUCUGAGCAACUCAAGUGCUCCAAGUCAGCAGUAUUACUUUGACCAUUUUGAGGUCCAUCCAAUCAAGAUUAUUGCUAACUUUCUUCCCGGAGAUUCAUAUUUAAGAUAUGACUCAGCUCAGGAGACUUUAAGGUCAUUACUACAUAGUGUGGUAAAGGUUCCCCCCAUAAAAAAUAUGGUUGUGGAGCUCAAUGGGGUCCUGGUUACUCAUGCUUUGAUAACUAUGCGUGAAUUAUGCAUCAGAUGUGCACGACAUUAUUCCUGGUAUGCAAUGAGGGCCAUCUAUAUUGCAAAAGGAAGUCCCUUGCUUCCACCAACUUUUGUUUCCAUAUUUGAUGAUCUGGCUUCAUCUUCUCUUGAUGUUUUCUUUGAUCCUUCCCGUGCAUUGAUAAAUCUUCCUGGUUUCACACUAGGUACCUUCAAAUUCAUCAGUAAAUCUAUAUAUGGUAAAGGGUUCUCUGGGACAAAGCGCUACUUUGGUGAUCUGGAAAAAACUCUGAAAACAGUGGGGUCUAAUGUGCUAUUUGCUGCUGUCACUGAAAUAUCAGACUAUGUCCUAAAGGGAGCAGAAACAAGUGGUUUUGAUGGAAUGGUAACUGGAUUUCACCAAGGAAUACUGAAAUUGGCUAUGGAGCCAUCACUGCUGGGGACUGCUCUGAUGGAAGGUGGCCCAGACAGGAAGAUCAAGCUUGAUAGAAGUCCUGGGGUUGAUGAGUUAUAUAUUGAAGGUUACCUGCAAGCUAUGUUGGAUACAAUGUAUAGGCAGGCGUAUCUGAGAGUCAGAGUGAUAGACGAUCAGGUGCUCCUCAAAAACCUACCCCCCAACAGUGCCCUCAUAGAUGAGAUCGUGGAUCAUGUGAAAGGGUUCCUUGUAAGCAAGGCAUUGUUAAAAGGAGAUCCUUCAGCAUCUUCUUACCCUCUGCGUCAUCUUCAACGAGAAAGUGAAUGGAAAAUAGGACCAACUCUGAUCACAUUGUGUGAACACCUCUUUGUGAGUUUUGCAAUUCGGAUGCUGAGAAAGCAAACUGGUAAGCUUAUGGCCAAUAUCAAGUGGAAGAAAGAAUCAGAGACUGAUGAUCAUAAAGCAAUAGUCCGUGCAGACACCACUGAAAGGGGGCACAGGCUGAAGUUCAUAUGGAAAUGGGGCAUCGGUAAGUUUGUAUUUUCAGGCAUCCUAGCAUAUAUUGAUGGACGGUUAUGUCGUGGUAUUCCUAAUCCUAUAGCACGACGAAUCGUUAGUGGUUAUUUGUUAAGUUUUCUUGAUAAAAGCAACACCGACUACAAAUAGUAUAAGGCUAUUGUUAGAUGGCAUUUUUAUUUCUUCUCCCUUUCCUGCAAUUCUUUCUUAUUUCCUGUUCAAUUUAGGAUUCACAUAUGAUAUCCAGGAACUGGUGGGCGUGGUCAUAUUAUGAUCGUAAUAAGCUCUAUCAUAAUACUUGGUACUUUUUGGUUAAACCUUUAUGUACAGGGGAUUUAUCCACCUACACUGCAGUCUAUCAUUUUAGUGACUUUAGAUUAUUGUUGAUUA